CUCAGAUUUUUAUUUUACUUAUUUUUACUGUCAUUUCAGACCUGGUGGUGAAGAAUGAGGAGAGUGAAGAGGAGAAACAUCAUCAUGUCAAAACUGGAGAAAAAACUCUUUCAAUGUUUCACCUGCCGUCAGUGUGGAAAGAGUUUCACAUACAAAAACAGAUUUAAGGUUCACAUGAUGAUCCACACUGGAGAGAAGCCGUUCACAUGUGAUCAAUGUGUAAAGAGUUAUAAACAAUCAUCAAACCUUAAGAUACACAUGAAAAUCCACUCUGGAGAGAAACUAUGAAUGUGAUCAAUGUGGCAAAACAUUUUUGAAGGCUUCAACCCUGAAGAUCCACCUGAAAGUUCAUUCACAGGAGAAACCACAUUCAUGUGACCUGAAGGAGAAUGCUUAAUCUGAAUGCAGGUAAUAAUACACUUGGUCACUUGAUAUAUAUAUCACAAUACUCUUCUACAUAAUUCAAUAAGCUUCAAGGAACAAAAUCAAUUGAGAAGAACAAACAUGAUUACAUUGUUAAGAGUGGUUGCUAAGACAGAUGCAGCAACAUACACACUCAGUGGUGCAGCGGCAAUAAUGCAAUGCGGUCAGCUGAAUGUUUUCCAGAAAUUUACAAUGGCUUUGAACACGGCUGAACACAUAAGGGCCGGUACUAUUCGUUUUAUAAUGUGUGGUGACUCCUAGUUGAGGGUUGCGAGUCGUCUUUUAUUCAAGUGGAUUUCACUGCAGAGCCAAAUGACCUCCGGCUCCACCUCUCUGGAGCUCAAGGUGGAGCUUAACCUGUUUAAUGGGUGGAGAGAUAGGGUUAUGGGUGUGAACUACAUUAAGUGUAGUUCAUCUUCAGAUCCAGCAUAUUCAAGUUUAACACCACCAAAUGUGACACAAUAAUAAAAUCAAGCAAUAAGAUCUCUUCAAAAUAAAUUUGUACUAACAAGCUAUAACAAACGACAAGACAAAGAAACAUCAUCUAAAUUUGUCACAGUGAAGAAAGUUCAUCUUCAAGACCAGCAGUUUCAACUGUGAGAUUCAGAUCAACUCCAAGAUGGACAAUAUUUGUUCAGGAAGCUGAAGAAGAAGCUGGUUAAUUUUUAACUUGAUCUUUAAAAAACUAGUUAUUCUUCCACUUAUAGCGUAUCUAGAGAAAACAAAUGUAAGAUACUGUCAUGUAGGUUUGCAACUGGUCUUCACUUUUAUUCUUUUGCUAUCUUGUUAGUUAAUAAAGAGAGAAAUGUCUCAUUUGUUUCUACUUUUUUUUCUUUUCUUUUUUUUUUUUUUUGCUUCUCAUGGUAUUAAACUUCAAAUUAUAUGCUGAUUCUUGCAUCAAGAAUAGUUAGUAUAAUUCAUAAUUUGUUCACAAUUUGUUACAUCUAAAAGCCACAAGAUGCAAUUAUUUUUGUUAUAUGUUUUGUAGUUGUAAGCAUGUAUUUGGCACGUUUUUUUUUGUAUUUGGCACGCCCCUCGCGGCGAUGACGUCAUCACUAGCGCGCUCCCCUCAGCGUCGAGUCUUCUGAGCUAAAAAGAAGAAGGUUUUAUUAAGUCUGUUUUUCUUCACAUACAAAACGAACGACAUGACCAGCCAGAGACAUCUACAGGAUAUAGAUCUGCUCCUCCUCCUUCAGUGAAGCUCCUCCCACUGCAAUUCACCAAUAAAUGCUGGAAUAUUCCCAUCAGUCUACAAGUGAAGAUGAGCAUCAAACCAUCAGGAAGAGCUGAAAUCUGCAAAGACAGAGUUUAUUGAAGGACAGUGAGAAGAUGAGAGAUCCAGAACACUGCAGAAUGAAACAAAGAGACCUGAUGGAGGAGAGUGAAGAGGAGGAACAUCAUGAUGUCAAAACUGGAGAUAAAACUCAAUCAAAUACUGAAAGUAUUUCUUUACUCAAAAAAUGUUUCACCUGCCAUCAGUGUGGAAAGAGUUUCACAUACAAAAAGAGUGUCAAGGUUCACAUGAGGAUCCACACUGGAGAGAAACCGUUCACAUGUGAUCAGUGUGGGAAGAGUUUUACACUACAAGGACACCUUAAGAAACACAUGAGGAUCCACACUGGAGAGAAACCGUUCACAUGUGAUCAGUGUGGGAAGAGUUAUAGACAACAAUGGUCCCUUAAGGAACACAUAAACAUCCACACCGAAGAGAAGCUGCACGAAUGUGAUCAAUGUGGAAAAACAUAUUUGAGGGCUUCAGGCCUGAAGAUCCACCUGAAAGUUCAUUCACAGGAGAAACCACAUUCAUGUUCUUUGUGUGGAAAGAGUUUUUCACUACUGCAGAAUUUAAAAGUACAUCAGAAAAUACAUACUGGUGUAAGAAAUCAUAUGUGCUUUGAGUGUGAGAAGACUUUUAUUAGAGCUGCAGAUUUGAAAAAGCACCAGAGAAUUCACACUGGAGAGAAACCGUUCACAUGUGAUCAGUGUGGGAAGAGUUUUACACUACAAGGACACCUUAAGGAACACAUGAAAAUCCACACUGGAGAGAAACCGUUCACAUGUGAUCAGUGUGGAGUGAGUUUCAUACAAAAAGGAAGCCUUAAGAUACACAUGAACGUCCACACUAGAGAGAAACUGCAUGAAUGUGAUCAAUGUGGCAAAACAUUUUUGUGGGCUUCAGGCCUGAAGAGCCACCUAAAGGUUCAUUCACAGGAGAAACCACAUUCAUGUUCUUUGUGUGGAAAGAGUUUUUCACAGCUGCAAAGUUUAAAAGAACAUCAGAAUAGACAUACUGGUGUAAGAGAACAUAUGUGCUUUGAGUGUGAGAAGACUUUUAUUUCGGCUGGACAUUUGAAACGGCACCAGAGAAUUCACACUGAAGAGAAACCUUACAAGUGUUCACACUGCGACAAGAGAUUCAGUCAGUCAGAGAACCUGAAAACACACAAGGUGAUCCACACUGGAGAGAAACCGUAUCACUGCACUGCAUGUGGGAAGAGUUUCACUCAUUCAUCUUCUCUACACAGACAUACAAAACACAAUCACAAACUGGAGUCCAACCCAAGUCCUAACCAGCCACAACGAGUGACAGGACAAAGAAAAUUCAUCUAAUUUGUCACAGUGAAUCAAGGUGAUCUUCAAGAACAGAAGUUUCAACUGUGAGAUUCAGAUCUACUCAAAGAUGGACAUUGUCUAAAAGAUUCAUUUUUGUAUAUCACUUUGUUUAAUGGUGUACAUAUUAAAAACAAUUAUUAAGCAUAAUUAGGUUUGUGUUCAAUUAUCUUAUCAUAUGUAUCGCCUGUAGUUUACACUUUUAAGAAGGAAAGUAGAAGGUUUUUACAGGUUGAGACUGUUCUUUAUCAGUAAGCUGAAGAAGAAGCUGAUUUAAUUUUAAAUUAUUCAUUGUUUUUAAAACUAGCUAUUCUUCCACUUAAAGUUUAGUUAGAAAAGACAGAUGUAAGAUAUGCUGUCAUGUAGCUUUGGAGCGGUUCUUCACUUUUAUUCUCUUGAGAUGCUUUGCUGUCUUGUUAGUCAAUAAAGAGAGAGACUCAUUCAUUUCUACUUUUACUUACUUUUUAAGUUAUUGUCUACUGAUUCUUCUUGCAUCAAGAAAAAAUAAAUGAUUUGUUACAUCUAAUAGCCAUGAAAUACACUUAUUUUUGUUUUAUUGAUGUUUUGCCG